AUGUUUUUAUAUUACUUAAAAUAUCGUCGAAAUUCUAUUAAAUCAAUAACAUCUAGUGUAUUAUUCAUUUUAUUUCGUUGGCAUCAACGUAUUCAUUUAUUUAUAUUUAUAACUGUUUUAUUCAUAGUUAGUUUAAUAUCUUAUUAUAAACCAUUUGGUCUUCUAUAUAAUUUAAAACAUAUUCGACCUGAAAGUUUAUCUACUGUACCUAUACGUAAUGAUUUAAUAAAUAAACAAAAACAAGAACAACAACAAGCUUAUGAAUGGCUUAAUAAUUUUUUGAAAAAUUCUAAAUAUUAUUCAGAUAUUAUUUCAAAUCAAACUGAUCAAUCACGUUUUUAUGAUUUUAUUCAAAUAAAAAAUAUUAAUUCAACUUUAUCAUCCUAUAAAUUAUUCGAUAAACCUAAACAAAUAUUAUUCAAUAAUCAUACAAUUAUCAAUGAUCAUAUUAUUAUUUCAAUUUUAUAUAGUCUACAAGAUGCAGAUCAUCGUGAUGGUAAAUUUUAUGUUGGUCAAGUACUUUAUCAACUUUUAAAAAAUUAUCAUUCACGUUUUAUAAUCACAUUAUGUGAAAAUGGUAAUCAAAGUAAUAAAAUAUCAGAUGAUAUUAAAUUAAUUCGACGUUUAGUACCAGUUUUUAUUAUUAAUACAAUUGAUUCCGAUGAAAUAAUCGAUAUAUAUGAAAGAGAAAAACAAGCACAUUUACAAUGUAUUCUAGCUAAUUUUCAAUCAUUUCCAAAUGUUAAUUAUUUUUUACUAUUACAAGACGAUGCACAACCAAUUGGUGAUGAUUUUUAUCUUCGUUUUCUAUCAUUAAUUGAUUAUCGUAUUAAACAACAAUGGCCAUCAAAUGGUUAUAGAAAACAACCAGCUUUUCUUAAAAUUUAUCAUCCAAGAUGGUUAAUUGGUUAUUUACAUCCAUCAUUUUAUAUUAUCGUACAAUUAAUUGCAACAGGUCUUCUUCUUACAUUUAUUUCUUUUAUUUGCUUUAAUUUAUUCCAAAUCAUUAAACAGGGUAACAAUACUAAUCCUUAUAAUUCUAUAAAUAAUAUUAAUCAAUUAUGGUUGCAACACUAUGGUGCAUUAUCAUUAAGUAAUAAUAUUACAUUUAUCAAUCGUCUUAUUUCUAGUAAUUUAAAUCAAAUUUAUUUUAUAUAUUACUUUCUUCUUAUAACACUUGCACUUAUUUUACUUAAUCAUUCUAAUGUAUCAUGGACAUGGCGUUCAUUACAUCCAUCAUUUUAUGCUAUUUAUCCAGCACCAUCAUGUUGUAUACCAGGCGUAGUCUAUUUUCGACAAACAUAUAUACAAGUUAUUGAUUAUUUAAAUAGUGUUAAAUGUCAUAAUGGAUAUGCGAUUGAUACAGCAUUUGAUGAUUUACCAAAACGAAUAUCUCUACAAACAUAUCUUGUCGAACCAAAUUUAGUUCAUCACGUUGGUUUAUAUUCAAGACUUCGACAUACGUAUAUCAAUCCCUAUUUACUCGAUUAA